AUGGCGGGCAAGCAUCAACCAGCAGCACUGCAAGAAUCGGAUGAAACCGAUAUUGACACAGAUAUUGAUUUAUUUGAUCAUUCUCAAAGAUGGACGAGAAAGAAAAGAAAAGCAAUUUUAGAAAGUGAUGACGAAACUGAAGAAUCGUCUCAAACCAUUGUGGAUGGGGCAGGAGUAAGUCCUUCAAUUCUGGCCCAAAGUGGCACUAAUAACUACACGGUUUUGGACCAAAGUACAGCUAAUGCUAUUAAGGAACUUCCAAGUCUUCUUCUGCAAAUAAAAAACACUCUGGCAGCAAUAACAUACAAUUCUACAAGCACUCCCUGUCCCUCUGUAAGCUCUGAUGAUGGACACAUUGUGACACAAACACAAAUGAUUGCGCUGGGUGGAUCAGAUGUUCAAGUUGAAAAAAAACUUUAUGAUAGGCUCAAUACAUCCAGAGUAUCUCUCUUUGUCCAAGAUUUGGCUUCACUUGUCUUUGGAAAAGAGUGUCUGGGGAGAUCCACAUUGACAGGAAAGGGUGGAAAAGAACAGUUGGAUUCACACAAAGUGAAUGUAAUUGCAGACACUGUGAGGGAGCGUUUCCCAGGAACAUCAGUGUCUGAGAUAAGGAGUCUCCUUCGUCGCAAAUGCAACAACGAAAGUUACUACACCAAAAAAACGUUGGGGAAUGCGCGGGCACUCUUGGGAGAGGUAGCCCUGCAUCCCUUUCUCUAUGGCUCGUAG